UUGUAGGUAAUUUAGGUAUUUUAGAAAACGUAAAGUAAUAAUAGUUACAAAUCAUAUUAUUGCAUUUAUUCACUUAUUUGAUUGAUGUUUUCCGCUGUACUCGAUAGUAUUUCAUUUAUACAACGGCAGCCAACAUUAUGAUCAUACUAUCGUAGCAUUAUGUCUUAAGAAAAAGAAUAUGGUGUUAAAAUAUCAAAGGAAGAGGUCUUGAUGAAGAUGAGGCUAAGUUCAUUCCUGGAAAUAUCAAGCCCGGGAAAACUAUGAGUGUAAUCACCAAGCCUGUAAUCACCAAGCCUGUAAUCACCAAGCCUGGAAACACCAAGCCGGAAAUCAAAAAGCCUGGAAUCACCAAGCCUGGAAACACCAAGCCGGAAAUCAAAAAGCCUGGAAACACCAAGCCUGGAAUCACCAAGCCUGGAAUCACCAAGCCUGGAAUCAUCAUGCCGGAAAUCAACAAGCCUGGAAUCAUCAUGCCGGAAAUCAACAACCCUGGAAACACAAAGGCUGCAAUCACCGAGCUGGAAAUCAACAACCCUGGAAACACCAAGGCUGCAAUCACCGAGCUGGAAAUCAACAAGCUGGGAAUCAACAAGCCUGGAAACACCAAGGCUGGAAAGACAAGGUCAGAGGAAGCCAUUGAUGAAAUGCCAGGAACAAGAACAAUCCAACGUGGACUGCCUUGGGGUGAAGGAGAGGUGAACACCAGCGUUAGAAGCACCGCACCCAAGAUGGUGGUCUCAAAAAUGGUCGUCCCAAAAAUGUCCGUGCAGACUUUGCCACAUACCGCCAUGGCAGAGCAAUGUCAGCCCCUAAAACUCAGUCAAAAGAAGUCCAUACGAGAGAACGUCUCGUACGAAAACGUGACUGGUUUGAUGACUGGAGCAAGUUCCAAGGAAUACGGCAAAGCUGCUUUUCCCUGUAAACAGAAACAUUCCAUGAAAGUGUUACCCGAUCCUGAACACAAGAGCCGGAGAACAAAAAAUGUCCGCUUUACCAGCCCCCUACCUUCCGCAGAGCGCCCAGCCACAACAGAGCACCCAGCCACAACAGAGCUCCCAGCCGCACCAGAGCUCCCAUCCACAACAGAGCUCCAAGCCGCACCAGGGCUCCCAGCCAGAACAGAUCUCCAAGCCGCAACAGAGCUCCCAGCCGCACCAGGAGUCCCAACGAGAACAGAGCUCCAAUCCGCACCAGAGCUCCCAGCCUCACCCAGACAGGAUGACACCUGUGCGUGCGCAUCCCCCGUCGUCCACACCUGUCCGUCAGCGGCCGAGGUGGCCGUGGAAGUACUGAAGCUACUGAACGUAAAGACCCACCCUGAGCAGGCCCGGCCGUGA